AUGGCUGCGCGUAGGGGCCGCAUGUGCUGUGUCGCUGCUGCUGUGUCGAGAGAUGCUUUGUUCCAGGCGUGCGUAGCAGUUGCGAGAUUGUCUGGCGCGAGGAUGCGCUGGCGUCGAGUAGAGGCUUUGAUGCCCAGCGUUAUCGAUAUUGAGAAGGACACAGGCCAGCGAUUGGCUAGUCGCCGUGUCCGAGUCUGCUGGUCAGAACGCGAAGGCGAGGCUUCCAGCUGGCUGUUUCCCCCGUUUUGCUGGCAGAGGGGCGAACAAAGAAAGCCAAUCGGCUUGCGUUCAGACCAGGAUCGAGCAGCGCAAGGGCGAGGGUCUCAUGCACGCUCAUCUGCUUUCAUCGACGUGCAGAGCUGGACAGCGGUGGAUAAUGAACGCUCGUGUGAAUCGAUGGUAGACACAGAGCUCGCCGUGCCUCCCAUUGUUGGAGGCGUGCUCACUCGUGUCGAGACGUAUGAGUCAAAGGAGAGCGACGACGGCCAGCAGGGAGGAAACCGAGAAGGCCAGAGCAGCCGCCCAGCGCUUCUCCGGCCGUUCUACCAACCGCCUGCGAACGAGGACCUGUUGUUCACCAAGGACGUGACCGGGGCGUUAGAUCGGAGGCUGCAGAUGGAGAGCGGCCUACAGCCAACUACGCGAACACCCACAGCGUGCCGUGCAGCAGCAGAGGCCAAAGACUUUUAG